ACACAAACCAUCGCCACAAAAAUGGCAGACUUCGAUACAAUAUACGAAGAAAACGACGAAGAACCAAGUAACUCGGCUGAAUAUACCAUAUCUGUACCAGAUCCCAUAAUAAUCCGCGGUGCUGGAAACAUAACAUUAUUUGGGCUUAAUAACAGAUUCAAUGUGGACUUUCCAAGUAACCUUACGGGUAAAGUGGCGCCCGAAGAGUUCCGGGACACAGUUCUCCGUAUCAACAGCACACUGAAGAAAGCUCUGCCCAUCAACAUCAAAUGGCUGCUGUGCGGCUGCGUGUGUUGCUGUUGUACCCUCGGCUGCUCCCUGUGGCCUGUUGUCUGUCUUAACAAACGAACAAGACAUUCUGUGGAAAAAGUUAUAGACUGGGAAAAUAGCCAUUUAUACCACAAGCUAGGUCUUCAUUGGAAACUGUCAAAGCAACGGUGUGAUAGUAGUAGCAUGAUGGAAUACGUGCUGCUUGUAGAAUUUAUACCUAAAGUAUCGAUACUUCGACCUGACUGACCCAGCUGGACGUGACCUUCUGCAAAGGUCAUGGGGUCAAGGACAGAAUCAUCAAAAAACAAAAUCAGAAAGUUACGUUGGUACAUGUACAGCUUCAGAAGAAAAGAGUGUUCAAUCUGCACUGCCAGAUUGAACACUUCAGCUGUAGAAUAAGACAAAGUAUUAUAAUAUGCUACCGGAACAGAUUCUGGUAAUCUGUGCAUACCGGUAUGUUUGACUCACUGUACAGUAUGUUCCCUGAUUGAUAAUUGCUGUCAGCUUUAUUUUAAGCAUGGAGACUAGUAUUGUCUUGAAAUGAAGUGUAUAUUAAACAAUAUCAUUUCAACUUAUUGCUUAUCCAUUACAUUUCAUUGAUUUGGCAUGUCAAAGACUAUUGUGUUCAGUUAUUGGUCGCAAACGUAGGGGAGACAACCAUCAUAUUGCUAAAUAAGUAAAAGGCUGUGAAUAGCCACCCUUAGACUGUGUUUGCCAAUGUCAACUGUAAUAUGUAGGGAAAUAAAAUGUCAUAAACUGGCCCUGCUUGACAUGUGCCUAUCUGAUAUUUUAACCCUUUCCG